UCCUUUAAAGUUUAGCAUAUAUAAUUGUUUAUGGUAUUGACAAUAAUCUGAUCUAUAGAUCUUGAUAUGUUGUAUUAUUAGUAGAAUUAUUACUAUAAGUUUAGUCUGGUUUUUAUGGAAUAUAGUCUGAUCUAUAAUCUAGUUUAUACCCAUAACUAAAAUCUGGUCUAAUGCUAUGUAUGCACAGUUGUUAGAUCUUACAACGUUGGCAGUAAAAUGUACGGAAUAUGUCUUAUAAUACUGUCAACUUACAAAUUUUGUCAUGCAAUAUUUUCGGUAAUUCUUAUUCUGACAACGCUGCGAAAGAAAAAUUCUAAGUUCAAACGUUUAUUAAACAUUUUCUGAACAUUUUUCUCACAACAUUUUAAGAUCUGACAACCUUGUAUUACGGCUUUAAGUCUUGACUAAAAUUUUCUCUGUUGCCUUGACAUUUGUCUGUUUUAAAUAUUGACUGAAAUCUGGUUUACAAUUUGAUACAUAAUGUAGUUUAAGAGUCUAUAGCUUUGCUAAUUUCUUAAUAAAACAUGUGUACCACCCUAAUAUACUUACAUACAUUAUACUCACAUGUGCUACAUGCACAAUUGUCUGUCAUCGUAAGGAUUUCUAACCGGACAUCAACCAUAGUUAGUAACUAACAAUACAACAACAAUAAGGAAUAAUAACAAUAAAUGCUCAUGUGUAAACACAAUUAUCCUUUCAAUAAAUUGUGUGGUCACUUCGUCUAAAUAGUAACGUUAAAGUACCCUUUAAUAUAUUAUAACAAUUUCCGUUACAUUUCUAUUAUUCUAUUCUAUUUCCAAAACCUUCAGUUAUAUUUUAGAACUCGCUGUAAUAAAAUCAUCGGAAACGGAGUGAACAGAAAAACAAAAAAUAUCAAAUUAUUAUAAUAUAUUUUCUAAUUAAUACUCCAUGUUGAAGGUCAUUUGAAAAAAUAACAUGGUUUUUUCUUAUUUUAAUAUUUUCAAAAUUAUAUUUUUUAUAAUUUUGGGAAUUUCGAUAAAAGAUAAAAUCGUUCGAGGACAAACAAGUCAAAAUAUUAAUGUUUUAUUCAUCAACGAAUUAGACAACGAUCCAGCCACUAAAGCUAUAGAAACGGUACAAACAUAUUUAAAGAAAAACUCCAACUAUGGAUUGUCGGUGCAAAUCGAUAAAAUUGAAGCAAAUAAAACGGAUGCUAAAGCACUUCUGGAAUCGAUUUGCACCAAAUAUGCCCAAAGCAUUGAAAAUAAACAACCGCCACAUGUUGUAUUCGAUACUACAAAAUCAGGAAUAGCAUCGGAAACGGUUAAGUCAUUUACUCAAGCUCUCGGUUUGCCUACGGUAAGUGCCUCCUAUGGUCAAGAGGGUGAUCUAAGACAAUGGCGUGACAUGGAGGAAAGUAAACAAAAAUAUCUAUUACAAGUUAUGCCACCGGCUGAUAUAAUACCAGAAGUGGUAAGGAGUAUCGUGCGUAAAAUGAAUAUUACCAAUGCAGCCAUUUUAUAUGAUGAUACUUUUGUUAUGGACCACAAAUACAAGUCAUUAUUGCAAAAUAUACAAACUCGUCAUGUUAUAACUGCAGUGGCGGAAGGUGAAAGGGCACGAGCCGAUCAAAUUGAGAGAUUAAGAAAUUUGGAUAUAAAUAAUUUCUUUAUAUUGGGUAGUCUUAAAACGAUUGGUCAGGUGUUGGAAUCGGUUAAACCGGCCUUUUUCGAGCGUAAUUUUGCUUGGCAUGCUAUAACCCAAAAUGAGGGUGAAGUUUCGAGUAAACGAGAUAAUGCUACCAUUAUGUUUUUAAAACCAGUAGUUUAUCCUCAAAAUCGUGAACGUUUGGGUCUACUGCGUACCACAUACAAUUUAAAUGAGGAACCACAGAUUAUGUCCGUUUUCUAUUUCGAUUUGGCCUUGAGAACCUUUUUGGCAAUUAAAGAAAUGUUGCAAUCGGGCGCCUGGACUGCAAAUAUGGAAUAUUUGGGAUGUGAUGAUUUUCAAGGUGGCAAUACACCCGAAAGAAAUAUUGAUCUAAAACAAUAUUUUAUACAAGUUCAAGAGCCCACUUCUUAUGGUGAUUUUGAAUUAGUUACUCAACCGGGAAAAACCUUUAAUGGUUACAGUUAUUCCAAAUUUGAAAUGGAUAUUAAUGUUAUACAAAUACGUGGUGGAAAUUCGGUUAAUAGUAAAUCUAUUGGUACUUGGACUGCUGGCUUAGAAUCACCGUUGACCGUCAAAGAUGAAGAGGCUAUGAAAAAUCUAACCGCCGAUACGGUUUAUAGAAUUUUUACAGUGGUGCAAGCCCCAUUCAUAAUGAGAGAUGAAACCGCUCCUAAAGGCUAUAAAGGUUAUUGCAUCGAUUUGAUAAAUGAAAUUGCGGAAAUUGUACAUUUUGAUUAUACAAUACAAGAAGUGGAAGAUGGUAAAUUCGGCAAUAUGGACGAGAAGGGCGAAUGGAAUGGAAUUGUCAAGAAAUUAAUCGAUAAACAUGCUGACAUAGGUUUAGGUUCAAUGUCGGUAAUGGCCGAACGAGAAAUUGUUAUUGAUUUUACCGUACCCUAUUACGAUUUGGUCGGCAUAACCAUAAUGAUGCAAAGACCCAGUACGCCCAGUUCAUUGUUUAAAUUUUUAACAGUGUUAGAAACAAAUGUAUGGUUGUGUAUAUUGGCCGCGUAUUUCUUUACCAGUUUUCUAAUGUGGGUAUUCGAUCGUUGGAGUCCUUAUAGUUAUCAGAAUAAUCGUGAGAAAUAUAAAGAUGACGAUGAGAAGAGAGAGUUUAAUUUGAAGGAAUGUUUGUGGUUUUGCAUGACUUCUCUAACACCGCAGGGUGGUGGAGAGGCUCCGAAAAAUCUAUCGGGCCGUUUGGUGGCAGCUACUUGGUGGUUAUUUGGUUUCAUUAUCAUUGCAUCUUAUACUGCCAAUUUGGCUGCCUUCUUGACGGUUUCACGUUUGGACACUCCCGUGGAAUCCUUAGACGAUUUAGCUAAACAGUAUAAGAUUUUAUAUGCUCCCCUUAAUGGUUCCUCUGCCAUGACUUAUUUUGAACGUAUGGCUAAUAUCGAACAAAUGUUUUAUGAAAUUUGGAAAGAUUUAUCUCUAAAUGAUUCUUUGACUCCUUUGGAAAGAUCAAAAUUGGCAGUAUGGGAUUAUCCUGUAAGUGAUAAAUACACCAAAAUGUGGCAAGCAAUGCAAGAGGCCCAAUUACCGUCCACACUAGAUGAGGCAGUCGCUAGAGUACGUAACUCUACCACCGCUACUGGAUUUGCUUUUCUGGGUGAUGCUACUGAUAUACGUUAUUUGGUAAUGACAAAUUGUGAUCUGCAAGUAGUGGGAGAGGAGUUUUCACGAAAACCCUAUGCCAUAGCAGUACAACAGGGUUCACAUCUCAAGGAUCAGUUUAAUAAUGCUAUUUUAACUUUACUCAACAAACGCCAAUUGGAAAAACUCAAAGAGAAAUGGUGGAAGAAUGAUGAGGCUCAAGCGAAAUGCGAUAAACCUGAAGACCAAUCAGAUGGUAUUUCUAUUGAAAAUAUUGGUGGUGUAUUCAUAGUUAUCUUCGUUGGCAUUGGUAUGGCCUGUAUUACUUUGGUAUUUGAGUACUGGUGGUAUAAAUAUCGUAAAAAUCCGCGCAUCAUCGAUGUGGCUGAGGCCAAUACCCCACCAGGCAAAGAUGUUAAAUUAGCUGAGGGUGUUAUUUUGGGACAAUCUGGCAAAGAGUACGAUAAGGCCAAUGUUGCUUUACGUCCACGUUUCAAUCAAUAUCCUCAAAAUUUUAAACCAAGAUUUUAAAGGAUUUAAACAGUGUUGUAUUCGAUUUAAUUGUGGAAUUUAUGUAUAACUGUUUUAGGCACAUAUAAACAUGUUGCAGGUGCUGGUAUUUAGUAGUCCUGUCAUUAUUUCGGUGUUUAUUUUAAAAAUGCACAAAUUUUAUUUAAAUAAAGGUAUAACUCGCUAACUUU